AUGUGCCCGGGGGUCUCCGAGUACCAGGGACUGCACACGGGGGUCCCUGGGCCCCGGCUCAGGCCCUGCUCCCCGCAGCGCUGCCUGCGGCGCAUCCUCCAGGGGCUGCGGCACUACCGGGACCUGCUGGGCUCCGACAUCUUCACCGCCCGCCCGCUGCCGCGGCUGGAGACCACGCUGGACCAGCUGCUGGGCCUCGUCCAGCAGGAGCACGGCCACCUGUCCCGGCACCCCAUGGCCCCCAGCGAGGCCUGGGCCCACCCGCUGCUGCAGCGCCUGGCGCUCCAGCGGCUCCAGUCCUUCACCGCCAUCAUGAGCCGCGUCUUCACCCACAGCGCCAGCCCCCGCUGA